CUCGACUUCUAUUCGCGAUGCAGUGGAAUGACCGACAAGCGAAGGGACCGCGCGGAGAGAAAGCUGUAGCGUUCCUCCCCGGGACGCGGGAUCUGGAAGAUGUGUUCGAGGACCCUUCCAAGGAGUACUACGUGAAGCUGAAUGGACAGCGGAGAUACCUCGACCUUCGAGCAAUCCCAAUCCUUCAUCACUGGCUUAUUUCUUUCAUACUCGCGAUGGGCGAGCGGCAAGUUGAGGUACCGGGGGGAGGGCGGGCGGUGGCGUUCCUCCCCGGGACGCGGGAUCUGGUCCCUGUCUUCGAGAGCCUUUUCCUUCCAAUGCGGUACUACGUGAAGGAGAAUGGAGAGCGGAGAUACUUCGAGCUUCUGCCGCCCGGAGUACGCCCGAGGAAUGAGCACCGCGUCAGGUGAGAUGCGCACCACUGUUCUCAUUCGUUCUCACGUGUGUGUGUGGUUGUGUGUGUGUGCGUGUGCGCGUCAGGUACGACGCGGCACCGACAGCGCAGCCCGCUGCCCAGCCAGUGGAGCGAUGGUAUCUGGAGCAGUUCUUUCUGGAUCUCUUCCAGCCCUACCUUGACCAGAAGAAGAGAGCAGCAUAUGAGUCCGGUUCCUGGAGAUAUCUCCCUUGGGUCUUUCUGAACUUCCUUCUGACGCUGCUGGUAGUGGGAGUUUUGGGUGUUGAAAUCGGUCUCGAAAGAGGUGGACUACGUCUGGCGUUGGUCGUGGUUUGAAGUGCGCAGAGCAGCUUGGCUGCGCACUUUAUCGCCGUGAGUAUUCGGCGAGACUUUUAGUCUGGGCUCAGGCAGUGGUGUUUUGUUUUGCUUUGGUUGUUUUGAUUAAGUUGGUGUUCUAGGUGCGUGUGUUUGUUGACCGACUAAGUAACUAGGUUUGUAGAUACAGACGGUCAUACAUUUGUUGUCUAUAGACUCGUUCGUUCACUCAGCGGCAUGCAUGCUC